AAAAUAAAAAGUCCUGAAACGGGUUAUGGUUUGAUGCCUGUCAGAGGAACACUAUGCUUCGAAGAACAAGAACAGCAAAGGUGUAUACAGAACCAGCGACAGAUGAUGAAUCUGAUGACAUGACUGGCCAACAAAAAGGUGACAGUGAGGAGUUAGAAGAAUGGUUACCUAAUUCAAAUGAAGGCAAAACUAAAGGAAGGCGUCAGAGGGGGACAGAUGAAACCGGCGAAAAGAAAAAAGUGACCAAGAGGGUGGCCAAACCUAAAGAGCCAAAACCUAAAGCAGCGAGGAAGCCCAGAGCUGCACGGGUUCCCAAAGUGAAGAAGGAGAAGACUAAUACAAAGAUUCUACCGAAGCCUGAGUUACAGCAGCAUGUGGCAGUCAAAGAAGAGAGGUUGUCCAUUAACUUGAGCAGAAAUAAUGCAGGAGAUAUGCCUGAUGAGUGUCCAUCAUCCAGUCAACAUUUCCCCAAGGUGAAAAAAGAGGAGCCAGAUGACAGCUUCACCUUUAAUGAACCUGCUCAGAAGAAGCAGAAGACCACAAACUCAGCCCAGGGAAGACCGAUAAAACUCAAAUUGGGCAAUUCCUGUGUGGAGGACUUACAGAUGAAUUGGGAUCCCAUUCAGGUUCUUGCUGAGAAGUCUGGUGUGGAGCAGUGGGUGUGUGCAAACAUUGUACAGCUCUUCCUGGAGGAGAACACUAUUCCCUUUAUGGUGCGCUAUAGAAAGGAGCUGAUCAACCAUAUGGAUGCCGAUGCUGUUCGAGAUGUGCAGCUGACUCUUGAAGAGUUACGGUCAGUGGCAAAGAAGAGCAGAUCUGUUUCUCAGACACUAAAGAAGGAGGGGGUUCUUACUUCAGAGCUGGAAAUUGCUCUAAAGAACUGCACAACGGCUAAUGAAAUAGACCAUGUGUAUGCUCCCUAUAAAAAGGGCAGUAAGUUGUCCAAGGCCCGACGAGCUAAGGAGCUAGGACUGGAACCUGUUGCACUGGCUCUACUUCAGGAACCUCAGAAACUGGACCUGCAAUCCUCGAUCCAGCCCAACACUAAAGGGUUGUCGUCCCUGGAUGAGGUGGCCACAGGUGUGCAGGAGAUCCUGGCAGAUAUGAUUGCAAAGGACAAAGAGACUCUCAUCUAUGUACAGUCACUGUGCGACAGGAGUUCGGUGACCAUUCACUCGUCAGUGUCUAAAACAGCCCUGAAAGAGCAGCAGCCACAGCAGGGCAAUCAGAAGAGCAAACCAAAGGACAUCGCCAAGUUCAGCCUGUAUAUUGACUUCACCGGUGAUGUUCAGCGCAUCCAGCACCAUCAGCACGACGUGUCACAGAGUUUGCUGAGGGCAGCGCUGGAUGGGGUGGUGCAGGAGUGUGUGAGCUUCGUGGGAGUGGACAUCAACAUCUGUUCAGAGACGCUGAUGAGGCACAUAGCAGGUCUGAACACAGGGCGAGCACGCAGUAUUAUGGAGUGGAAAGAAAAGAACGGGCCUUUUCUCAACAGAGAGCAGCUGAAACUGGUCAAAGGCCUCGGUCCUAAGAGCUUCCAGCAGUGUGCCGGCUUUAUCAGGAUCAUCCCUGAGACAGUAUGCAGCAGUGUCUGUUCUGGAGGGAACGAAGACCUCAAGGUUCCUCUGAAACAGACAGCUGAGAAGAAAAAAGUCAAAGGCUCUGGGAGCACCUCUAACCAGUUUAACCCACUGGACCAAACCUGCAUCCAUCCUGAAUCCUACAGCAUCGCCUUGAGGUUCUUGUCUGAAAUAGGGGGCAGUUUGGAUCAGAUGGGCAGCGCUGCACUCAGGCAGAGUAUUGAGAGCAGUGUUAAGAGCAGAGGUCUAGAUGUCUUGGCCAAAUCUCUGGACACCACACCUGAGACACUUCAGCUCAUUGUGGAUGGACUCACUCAGCCACCUGGCUUUGACAUUCGUCAGGAUUUUGAACAGGCAGAUUUCAAGCGGGAAAUUGUGUCCAUGAAUGACCUACACGAUGGAAUGGUGGUAACAGGUCGUGUAACAAACACUGCUUUAUUUGGAGCCUUUGUGGACAUUGGAGUCGGACGUUCUGGUCUCAUCCCAAAGCGUUUCAUCACUCCGGAUAAGCUUCCUGUUGACCAGCGGCAAAGAAGCCUUGCUCUCGGCCCAGGUGAGCGGGUAGAGGUACGGGUCAUAAAUGUGGAUCUUCAGAGGAAUCGGAUCAGUCUGGACCUCAUUAGGGUUCUUAGAUAGGAACUAUUCAUUGAAGAUUUACUGUAGUCAAGUCUAGUUUUCAACUCUGCUUUCAUGUCACGUGAAAAAAAGUUAAUAUCUUUUGUUCUUGUUGCUGUUGCUUUUUUGUUCUGUUCUGCAUUUGACCUGCUGUUACUGUAGUUUUCAUAACUUCAAUAAAAUAGAUAUCUUGCUACGUGAAACUUGACAGGAUUAUAAUUGAAAUGAAUGUCUUCAUCUUCCCAAACAUGAUGAUUCUUGUUGCAAGUGAUGCUCUUCCGAAAAAUAUU